CAACAAAAAUUGAAGGAGCAGCGGAUGCAACGUUAUCAAGAGCUCCAGUUGCCCCAUAGACACAUAUGUGACAUGGUGGCGAUGUACUGGGGCAUCGAACCAAAUGAUGUCAUGGAUGGCGUUAUUGAUGACCCAGAGUAUUUAAAUUUGCUGCAAAGUUUCCUAGAUAAAGGCAAAAUUAUGUCCAUCUUGUUCUUUUAUCAAGAUGGCCCACCUUAUCCUAUAGAGACUGGCCGAUUUAACGCGGCUCAAAAAGAUCCUAUAAAAAGAAUUUACAUCACUAACGGAUCAGUAAUGCCACUAGCGGAGAAAGCUAUAGCUGUGUACAAGUACCGCAAUGUGGGGCUCGACUUAAAAAAUAUAAACGACGUAAUGGAAAAAAUGGCCUCACUGGUCUUCCAUUCAUAUUGCGAUUUGUUUUAGGACGCUUGUUUUAUACAGAUCGACAUGGAUUGCGGCAGGGCCAAUUUGGCAGCUGUAAUUUAUGAUAUUUUAGCGGAAUUAACCGCCCCCCUACUGGCAUUAUCAAAAGAUUGGGGAGAUCUGCCAAAGACGGAAAAUGGACGAAUGCAAAAGUUGAACUUCGAGGGAGACUUUUCCUCUUUCGUCACUUUCCUCGACGAAACAAAAAUGGACCUGCAAGGGAUCGUACACUUUGGAUUUGACGCUAAUCUGUUGAACGAGAUUAGUGAGGAAAAAAGGGAAAGGGCUUAUUUUAAUAAGCCGCUCGUCCAACAAAUCGAAACGGCUGUGAGAGUGUGGCACAAGAUUAUAGAAAAGUGUUUGGUGCAAUACAGACAACUAAGGAGAGAAAAUGAGUUUGUGGGUCCGGUAGUCGAAAUAGAAUACUGGAGGAGGCAACUAGCCAGAUUCACCUGCGUCGUUGAGUUUCUCGAGACCGACCAAUGUAAACAGUUCAUCGAAUUUAUUCAGUACGUCGGGAAUAAUAAGAUUAUUAAGAUUUGGAAGAAACAUGUCGACGCGGCGUACGAUACCAAAAACGAAUGCGCCGACAACGUCAAAUAUUUAUACUCCAUGGAACAGUACUGGCAACCUUUCUACAGACUGGAGCCGCCGCAGCUUCCGCAGUACGUGCAACCCCUUCUUCACGCUGUCCGCAUGGUACAUACCACGUCGAGAUACUACAACAGCACCGCCAACGUUACGGCGUUGUUGGUGAAAGUGUCGAACCAGAUUAUAAUAAAAUGUAGGAAUUAUUUGAACUGCUAUGGGACUAAAACGAUCUGGAAUCAACCUAAACAGGCCGUUUUAGACAAAAUCAAGACAUGCUUGGACUUAUACUUGAAAUACUACCAGUGCUUCAAGCAUACCGAGCAGCACAUGAGUGAAGCAGACGAAAAGCGGUUCGAUUGUUCUGAAAUGUUCGUUUUUGGUAAACUGGAAUCGUUUCAGAAAAGGCUUGAAGAAAUCGUUUUCGUCCUGAACACCACCAUAAAAUAUUCCAUUUUGCAAAGCAGCAACAUUGAAGGUAUCGACUCUUAUGCAAACAAGUUCAUCGAGUUCCACAAGAAGAUAUCGUCACAAAAAUAUGACGCCUUAAACCACCGUCUUCCAAACUUCGACAAAGACUAUAAGGAUUUCCGGCAAAACGUCGUGGACACGGAGUGGGAACUGGAAGAAUUUGUGGGAAACUCACUAGAGAACAUGACCGACGUCGACAAUGUACUGAGACUGUUAAAACGAUUUGAAAAAUUGAAUCUCGAGUGCUUGCACCUGGACGAGAGAUAUCUGGAAGCGAUGCAGAUGUUCCAAACUGAGAUCGACAUUCUGCGGGAUCGGUAUAACGAGGAGAGACAAUCGCCUUUGGUGCCGAGAAAUAUGCCGCCCGUCAGCGGUCGCAUAAUGUGGAUAAGGCACUUUUAUAAGAGGAUAGAGGAGCCAAUGGAAGUGUUCAAAACAAAACCACGGGUUAUGCGGCAUAGGAAAGUGCAAAAAUGCAUUCAACUCUUCAAUGCGAUGUCUCUAGUCUUUGUGCAGUAUGAGAAUAUAUACCACGAUGCGUGGUAUGCAUUUGCUGGUCAGGUAAGGCACUGCUUAAUGGCUCCGAUCAUGUACAAACAUGAGAAAACUAAACGUUAUUGUGUGAAUUUCCACCCGUACAUCACGGAGGUUAUUAGGGAAGCGGAAUAUAUGUACAAAUUGGAUUUAGCUGUUCCCGACGUGGGCCAGGUCCUCGUUUUUUGCAAGGAGAAGCUGCUCAACUCGUACGAAGUUGUCAAGGCGCUGGUGGCAAGGAACGAUUCCAUAAGAAUGAACAUUCCCACUUUGUUUCUGCCCAUGAUGAGGGUCCAGUUGAUAAAAAUGGAAAACGUUUUCAUGCCUGGUUUCUCGACGAUAACGUGGACUUCCAUGAAAAUACCGCAGUUCUGCCAGGAGGUAACGGACGUUUUGGAUUACAUCGAAAUGUUCGUUAAAGAAGUGAAGGAUAUGAAGGAGGCCAGGAUAGACGAGGUCCUGGAGACCUUGGCCAGGACUUGUCUGGUGUACGUUCCCUCUGAGGCGACGAGCCCUAGCGAGUUCCUAGACCUUAACAUAAAGCACCGGCAAAAAAUCUGUAGGGACAUUGAACUGAAGUCCUCGACCGUGGAGAAGUGUGUGAUUGACUUGAUUAACAAAUUUUUGAGUGUCAUCGAUCAACCGGAUUUGCAGAGAAACAAGUAUAACUGGCUAGUGCCUGAGAAGGUUUUGAAACCGAUUGGUUCAUCGUCGAAACUACUCAUGUCAGGAGAUGCAGCUUUCAGGGAAAUCGACCGAAACGUUCCUUUGGACCUGGCUUCUAUACACUCGGAUUGUAUUGAGAUGUUCUCGUAUUUCAAUAUGAAAAUUAUCGAUGCUUUAAUUAAAUGUACAAAAUUGUCCCUGGAAAAAGUGAAGCGCAGGGCGGUAAGCUUAGGAGAUUCCACUGCAAAGCCGAUCAUGAAGACCAACAUGAUCCUACAAAUUCCCAUUGCCACAAUAAACCCAAGUUUGGACGAAAUUCAAAGCCACUUCGCGCAAGUGUUGAACAAUAUCUUGGACACUCACAAGUAUAUAAGUAUGUGGGGGCAAGAUGUCGACAAGAAGAAAUCUACCAUUAAAACGAAAAAAGAGGAUGCCGAGAGUUUGAUAAAACCUUACAACUAUUUCAAAGUCGUCAGCGAGAACAAGGAAAUAGUGAGAAUUUUCAUGAGCCUCCAAGGCGUCAUGUACCUAGUAAAUCCGGACAUUUUAAGCCUUUUGGAAAAAUAUCUGGAGUGGAAUUUCCUUUGGGCCGAGGACAGGGAUAAGCAGAUCGAGGACUUUUGCGAGACCAAUCCGCUUAUCGUAGAGAUCUCCGAGAGAUUCCAGGAAUACGACGCGAGGGCCGAGGUGAUAAAGCAACUGCCACAGAAACAUAACAUCGGCGCCGUCCAAGUUGCGAUGGAAAUGUACAAAUUAGCUUUGCUGGUGGAAUCCGAAGCUUGGAAACACAUACUGGGCAAAAAGCUCGGGCUGCUUUAUAAGCAGAAGCUGAAUAAGAUGGUAGAUUUCAUCAAAACUCAGGAGAAAAUUUUGAACAAACCAAUUAAAGACUUGGACGACUGCCGGCUUGCGAUGAACUGUUUGGAAGUCAUAAGGGAGAACUUCAUAGAAAUGGACAUGGAUCUAGGACUGAUGGAAGAAGCAUACGGCACCUUUGCCAGAUUUAAUAUCGACGUCCCCAAAGAGGAGAUAGAAAGGGUCGAAUCUCUCAGAUUUAAUUUCCAGAAUAUGGUUACCCAUUCAAAACUAAUACAGGAAGAGAUCUGCACGGUGCAAGGCCCCCUUCUGGAGGAGUUAACCGAAGGCGUAGCCAAAUUCAAGGAUGACGUCGCUAUUUUCGACAAGGACUUUGAAGAGAAAGGUCCCAUGGUCCCAGGUCUGUCGGCUCGGGAGGCCAGCGACAGAGUACUGGUGUUCCAAGACCGCUUCGACGAACUCUGGAGGAAAUUCGAGAUGUACAGCAGCGGCGAAAGGCUUUUCGGCCUGGAAGUGAACGAUUAUCCCGUACUACACAAAAGGAAGAAAGAAUUUAAUCUGCUGAAUAAACUUUACGGCCUCUAUUUGGCCGUCAAUCACAGUAUAGACGGUUACUUUGAUAUCUUGUGGAGCGACGUGGAUACGGAUGUGAUUUUCGCGGAGCUGCAGGAAUUCCAGAACAGAUGCCGUAAACUUCCAAAAGGCAUGAAAGAUUGGCCUGCGUUCCUGGAUUUGAAAAAGAAAAUUGAUGACUUUAGUGAGACUUGUCCUUUGCUGGAAUUGAUGGCUAAUAAGGCCAUGAAAGACAGGCACUGGAAGAGGAUAAGCAACGUUACCAAUUACACUUUUGACGUGGAAUCGCCCACUUUUACUCUCAGAAACGUGAUGGAAGCCCCUCUGCUGGCCUUCAAAGACGACGUAGAAGAUAUUUGCAUCAGCGCCGUCAAGGAGAAAGACAUAGAAGCCAAGCUGAAGCAAGUGAUAGCGGACUGGGCGAUCGUGGAGCUGUCUUUUGCCACUUUUAAAACCAGAGGCGAACUGUUACUGAAGGGGCAGGAAACGGGGGAAAUUAUCACCGCGUUGGAGGACAGCUUGAUGGUGAUGAACUCGCUUUUAAGUAACAGAUACAACGCUCCUUUUAAAAAAGAUAUCCAGCUGUGGGUGCACAAGUUGGUGGACACCUCCGAGAUUUUGGAAAAGUGGAUGAUCGUGCAGAACCUUUGGGUAUAUCUGGAAGCUGUGUUUGUCGGCGGCGACAUCUCCCGCCAAUUGCCGGCAGAGGCCAAGAGAUUUAACAAUAUCGAUAAAUCCUGGAUCAAAAUCAUGCAGAGGGCGCACGAAAUUCCGAACGCCGUAGAAUGCUGCACGGGGGACGAGACCAUGGGCCAGUUGCUGCCUCAUCUCCUGGAACAGUUGGAGACCUGCCAGAAGAGUUUAACGGGAUAUUUAGAAUCCAAACGGUUAUGCUUCCCGAGGUUCUUUUUCAUUUCCGAUCCGGUGCUGUUGGAAAUAUUGGGUCAGAGCUCGGACCCGUCUUCCAUCCAGCCGCAUUUACCCAGUUUAUUUGAUGCAGUUUUUAAAGUGGACUUUGACGACAAAAAAACCGACACUAUCAUAACGAUGAAAUCCGAUCUAGGCGAGAAGGUUCCUUUCGAGAAGGGAGUCCAGUGUGUGGGCGGUGUAGAGUUCUGGUUGAACAGUCUCCUCCAGAUGGUCAGAGACACUGUGAAGAACGUCAUCGCUUCACAAGCCCAGUGCUUCGUGGAUCCAAACUAUGACUUUGUAGCUAACUUCGUUACGUUCUGUGGACAGGCCGGCCUAGUAGGUGUGCAAAUUCUGUGGACUAAGGAGGCCGAAAUCGCUAUAAAGAAAGCUAGAGUGGACAGGAUGCUGAUGAAAAUCACGAACCAGAGGUUCUUGGAUCUACUAAACGCCCUUAUCGAUUUGACGUCGCAGGAUCUAACGAAAAUGCAGAGGGUGCGUUACGAAACGAUGGUAACAAUACACGUCCAUCAGAGGGACAUAUUCGAUACCAUCUGCAAGCAGAGGGUGAAGUCCAUCCUGGACUUUGCCUGGCAAGCCCAGACGAGGUUCUAUUACAACGAAGAAAACGACGACGUCCUCGUAAAGAUAACAGAUGUCAUAUUCUUGUACCAGAACGAGUACUUGGGUAUUACGGAACGUUUGGCUAUUACUCCACUGACCGACAGGUGUUACAUCACCUUAGCGCAAGCCAUUUGGAUAAACAUGGGCGGCGCCCCCGCCGGUCCUGCCGGAACUGGUAAAACAGAGACGACCAAGGACAUGGGGAGAACUCUCGGUAAAUUUGUAGUUGUGUUCAAUUGUUCUGAUCAGAUGGACUUCCGAGGCCUCGGGAGAAUUUUCAAGGGUUUAGCUCAGUCUGGAACCUGGGGCUGUUUUGACGAGUUCAAUCGUAUAGAACUGCCGGUCCUCUCAGUAGCGGCGCAGCAGAUAUUCAUCGUGUUACAAGCGAGGAAGGAGAGAAAACCAAUGUUUAUUUUCAUGGACGGUGACAAUGUAUCGAUGAACAUCGAAUUUGGGAUUUUCUUAACCAUGAAUCCCGGCUAUGCCGGUCGACAAGAAUUGCCGGAAAACUUGAAAAUCAUGUUCCGCAGCGUCGCCAUGAUGGUGCCCGACAGGCAGAUCAUCAUUCGGGUGAAGCUGGCAUCCUGCGGGUUCAAAGACAACGUGUACCUGUCCAGGAAGUUUUACACCCUGUACCAAUUGUGUGAAGAACAACUGUCUAAGCAGGUGCAUUACGAUUUCGGUCUGAGGAACAUUCUUUCGGUGUUACGUACCCUCGGAGCUCAGAAACGAGCCAACCCCAACGACAGUGAAGAAGUGACCGUUAUGAGAGUCUUGAGAGACAUGAAUCUGAGUAAAUUGAUAGACGAAGAUGAACCUCUGUUCCUUUCGCUGAUCGAGGACAUGUUCCCCGGGAUCAAGUUGAUGACGAAGACGUGGAAAGAUCUUCAGAAAGCGAUAACGAACCAGACGGCUGAGAUGGGCCUGAUCAAUUAUCCCAGUUGGAACUUGAAACUAGUCCAGCUCUAUGAAACGUCGUUAGUCCGGCAUGGCCUCAUGGUUUUAGGUCCAACGGGUGCCGGUAAAACAAAAUGUAUGCACUGCCUGAUGCGGUCGAUGACGGAAAUGGGUCUUUCACAUAAAGAACUGAGGAUGAAUCCCAAAGCUAUCACAGCGCCACAAAUGUUCGGAAGGCUGGACGUAGCGACAAACGAUUGGACGGAUGGUAUUUUCUCCACGCUGUGGAGAAGAACCUUAAAAUUCAAGAAAAGGGAUUAUUGUUGGUUAGUCCUGGAUGGGCCAGUAGAUGCAGUGUGGAUCGAGAACCUCAACUCUGUUUUGGACGACAAUAAAACGUUAACCUUGGCCAACGGCGACCGUAUAGUGAUGGCCGCCAACUGUAAACUGGUGUUUGAGCCCGACAACGUGGACAACGCCAGUCCGGCGACCGUAUCCAGGAUGGGUAUGGUGUUUAUGAGUUCCUCGGUCCUGCCUUGGUCCCCCAUAUUAGAGGGUUGGCUGAAGACUAGGCCGCAAGCCGAAGCAGAUACCAUCAGAAUCCUAUUUAAUAAGUGCUACGACGACUUGCACACCUACGUCCAGACGCGUCUCAAGGCUAAGAUGUUUGUUAGGGAGGCGUUUUAUAUCAGGCAGUGCACGGAUAUAUUGCAAGGGAUUUUGGACAUAUCCGACGAACCCAAGGUUUGGACUGACAAGCAAUUAGAACGUCUGUAUCUAUUUUCGACGAUGUGGUCGCUAGGGGCGUUGUUAGAACUUGACGGCAGGGCUAAGCUGGAAGAGAUCGCCGUGACUCAUCCGUCUAAAAUGGACUGGCCGAAAUGUAACGAAAACGAGACUAUUUUCGAAUACGUGGUUAACCCCGAGAACGGACGGUGGGAACACUGGUCUCAAAGGGUUGAGCAGUUCGUGUAUCCCACUGACAGCAUCUUGGAAUUCACUGGUAUUUUAGUGCCAAAUGUCGACAACGUGAGAACUGCUUUCCUGAUCCAGAAUAUCGCGAAGCAAACUAAAGCAGUGCUGCUUAUAGGUGAGCCUGGUACAGCAAAAACUGUCAUGAUUAAAGGAUUCACCACUUCGUUUGACCCAGACUUUCAGCUGAGCAAGUGCUUUAACUUUUCUUCUGCCACUACACCUAACAUGGUGCAGCGAAUUAUUGAGUCAUAUGUGGACAAACGAGUGGGAACCACCUUUGGUCCCCCGGCAGGAAAAACCUUGACGAUAUUCAUAGAUGAUAUAAAUAUGCCUGUAAUCAACGACUGGGGAGAUCAGAUAACCAACGAAAUUGUAAGGCAGCUCAUGGAAACGGGAGGCUUCUACAGUUUGGACAAGCCUGGCGAUUUCUCUUUUAUUGUGGACGUAAUGUUCCUGGCAGCUAUGAUCCAUCCAGGGGGCGGCAGAAACGAUAUACCGCACCGACUUAAGAGGCAGUUCUGUAUAUUUAACUGCACGUUGCCUAGUACCACGUCUAUGGAUUUGAUUUUCAGUCAAAUCGGAUGCGGCUACUUCUGCAUCGAAAGAUUCAAUCAGGAAGUAGUGGAUUUCCUUCCGAAGCUCGUACCUUUAACCAGGCACAUCUGGCAGAACACGAAAAAGAAGAUGCUGCCGACGCCGGCCAAGUUCCACUACGUCUUCAACUUACGAGACCUGUCUCGUAUCUGGCAGGGCAUCCUAACCGUCCAGAAUCUCGAGUGUCAGACCAAAACGUCGUUGCUAAAGCUGUGGCAACACGAGUGCGCAAGAGUGAUAGCUGAUCGAUUCAUAGAGGAUAUGGACAGAAUUUGGUUUAUGGAGAAUAUUAGAAAACAAGCAGAGGAGGAACUGGGUGAAGAUUAUCAGUUCUACACGCAAGAAGAAUCCUUCUGGGUAGAUUUCCUUAGGGAGCCGCCUGAGGCGACAGGAGAUGAACCGGAGGACUUUUGCUUCGACGCUCCUAAGAUUUACGAAGAGAUACCCAGUUGGGAAUUUUUGAAGGAGAAAUUAUUCACGUUUAUGGCGACAUAUAACGAGCAGGUACGAGGCGCCAGUAUGGACUUGGUGUUCUUCCACGAUGCCAUGGUACACUUAAUGAUAAUAUCCAGGAUCAUAAGGACAGCCAGGGGAAACGCUCUUCUUGUAGGAGUCGGUGGAUCCGGCAAGCAGAGCUUGACCAGACUGGCCAGUUUCAUGGCAAAUUAUAACAGCUUCCAGAUACAGCUAACCAGAUCGUACAACGUAAGUAACUUGAUGGACGACAUGAAAUAUCUGUAUCGGGAAGCGGGUAUGGUAGGCCACGGUACAACGUUCAUCUUCACCGACAACGAAAUCAAGGAGGAGACUUUCUUGGAGAGUUUGAAUAAUAUCCUGAGCUCAGGAGAAAUAGCGAAUCUUUUCGCUAAAGACGAGCUCGACGAGAUACAGUCGACUCUGAUACCUGUGAUGAAGAAGCUGCAACCAAAACGUCCACCGACGGUGGAUAACCUAUACGACUUUUUCAUCACCAGAGCGAGGUCGAAUUUACACGUAACCUUGUGCUUCUCACCGGUCGGAGAAAAGUUUAGAAAAAGGGCGUUGAAGUUCCCCGGAUUAAUUUCCGGAUGCACGAUGGACUGGUUCUCUAAGUGGCCGGAGGACGCGUUGAUAGAAGUAUCUUCGCACUUCCUGAAAAACUACGCUGUGGUAUCCACGCCUGAAGUGAAACAGGAACUAAUUUACAUCAUGGCGGAGAUCCAAGACGAUGUGGCGGAAUUCUGCGUCCAGUACUUCAACAAAUUCCGCCGAAGGACGUAUGUCACGCCGAAAACGUUCAUAUCCUUCCUAGGGGCGUACCAGGUGCUUUACAAGAAGAAGCUGGAUGAAAUCGGGGUUUUGGCGAUGCGCAUGAAGAGCGGUUUGACGAAACUGGUCGAGGCGCAAGUCAGCGUGGACGAGCUGAGGAAGGAGUUGGCCGUUAAAGAAAAGGAAAUGAGCGUUGCCACUGAAGCUGCCGAAAAAGUGCUGAAUGAGGUGUUGGCGGCAUCGGAGGUGGCGAACAAAAUCAAAGAAGAGGCAACUAUCGUGAAAGACAGGGCUGAAAAUCUGGUGGCGCUGAUCAGUGUGGAUCAAAAGGAAGCAGAAGGCAAACUGUUGGCAGCUAAGCCUGCUCUGGACGCUGCCGAACAAGCUUUGCUAACAAUUAAAGCAUCGGAUAUCGCGACUGUCAGGAAAUUAGGUAAACCGCCAUUCUUAAUUACCGUUAUCAUGGACGCAGUGUGCAUUUAUUUCAAGAGAAAGCUGGAUCCGGUAAAACCUGAUCCCGAGAAGAACUUUUUGAUGACGUCUUGGGGUGAAUCUCUAAAGGUAAUGGCGGAUACUCAGUUCUUAAGAAAACUGCAGGAGUACCCCAAGGAUACCAUCAAUGCAGAAAUCGUCGAUUUACUCGUUCCGUAUUUUAAUUUCCCCUUAUACACAUUCGAGGCUGCCAAGACUGCUUGCGGCAACGUAGCGGGUCUGAUUUCUUGGACCAUCGCUAUGGCGUCCUUCUUCGAAGUCAACAGAGAAGUGCUGCCGUUAAAAGCAAAUUUGGCCAUUCAGCAGGUGAAACUGAACAGAGCCCAAGACGAACUAUCGUCGGCCAUGGAACUGUUGAGGACCAAAGAGGAGGAAGUCAAACAGUGUCAAGAUCAGUACGAUGUGGCCAUGGCAUUUAAAAAGGCAGUUUUCGAGGACGCGAUGAAGGUGAAGAACAAAAUGGACGCCGCCACCGCCUUAAUAGAUGGACUGGCAGGUGAGAGAGUUCGCUGGACGGACCAGUUGGCCCAGUUCAAGGCGGAAACCGAGAGGCUCGUGGGCGACGUCGUACUGCUUACCGGCUUUUUGGGGUACACUGGUCCCUUCAAUCAGGAAUUUAGGUUUGUCAUGCAACAAUCGUGGCUCGACAGCUUAGCGAAAAGGAAGAUACCCGUCACUCUAAGCCUCAAUAUUAUCGACAGCUUAUCAGACACGGCGACGGUUGGGGAGUGGAAUCUUCAAGGUUUGCCAACUGACGAUCUGUCGGUUCAAAACGGCAUUAUCGUGACGACAGCUCGACGCUAUCCGCUGCUAAUCGAUCCACAGUCCCAAGGAAAGACUUGGAUCAAAGAGAAAGAGAGGGCGAAUCAGUUAAUAGUCAGUCAGUUGACGCACAAGUAUUUCAGGAAUCACAUAGAAGACGCCGUCUCUCUAGGAUACCCGAUGAUCAUCGAAGACAUAGGUGAAGAAUUGGACCCUGCUCUGGACAACGUACUGGAAAAGAAUCACAUCAAAGUGGGUACUACGUACAAAGUAAAAGUCGGGGACAAAGAGGUGGACGUCAACAACAGCUUCAGAUUGUACAUAACCACAAAACUGGCAAAUCCCAGUUACACCCCCGAGAUAUUUGCGAGGACGUCCGUCAUCGACUUCACGGUGACCAUGAAGGGUCUGGAAGACCAGCUGCUCGGCAGGGUGAUACUCACGGAAAAGAGGGAACUGGAGACGGAACGGACUAACCUGAUAAAGGACGUGACGGCGAACCGGAGGAAGAUGCAGGAACUCGAACAGAACCUCCUGUACAAACUGACCACCACGAAGGGCUCCUUAUUAGACGACGAAACUGUUAUCGGCGUGUUAAAUACGACCAAGGCUACGGCCAACGAGGUCAAGGAGAAAUUAACGAUCGCCAAGGAGACCGAGACGAAAAUUAACCUGGCCAGGGAAGAGUUUCGGCCGGUUGCCACUAGGGGGAGCGUGCUGUACUUCCUCAUCGUGAGCAUGGCUAUGGUUAACGUGAUGUACCAAACUUCUCUGGUGCAGUUCUUGGAGAGGUUCGACAUCUCCAUGUACAGAUCGGAAAAAACUCCUAUUAUAUCCAAACGAAUAAAUAACAUAAUAGAGUAUCUCACAUAUGAAAUAUUUAAAUACAAGUGCAGGGGGUUAUACGAAGAACACAAGUACAUGUUCGUCCUACUCAUGUGCCUGAGGAUAGAUCUUCAGCGAGAAGCUAUCACUCACGAGGAAUUCGAGAAUUUUAUUAAGGGGGGCGCCGCGCUCGACCUCAACGCCUGCCCUCCGAAACCGUCUUCGUGGAUCACAGACAUGACCUGGCUCAACCUGGUCGAAUUGUCGAAACUACGGCAUUUCCAGUAUAUCAUUCAACAGGUCGCGGACAACGACAAGCAGUGGAAAAAUUGGUUUGACAAAGACGCGCCCGAAGAAGCAGUCAUACCAGAUGGCUACAAUUCGUUAGAUACCUUCAGAAAGUUGCUGAUGAUAAGAGCUUGGUGCCCCGACAGGACGAUAACUCAAAGCAGAAAGUACGUGGCAAGCUCCCUAGGCCAGAAGUUCUCCGAACCCGUCAUAUUGAACAUGGAGGUCCUCUACAACGAAUCGAGGGCUCUAACACCGAUGAUAUGCUUCUUGAGCAUCGGUUCUGAUCCGAGCCCCUUUAUAGAACAGCUAGCGAAGCGGCUCGAAUUUAGGGUAAAGUCCAUCUCCAUGGGCCAAGGUCAGGAGGUCCACGCGAGGAAAAUGAUGACGCAGGCCAUGACGGAGGGUUUCUGGGCCCUGCUGCAGAACUGUCACUUGUCGCUGGAGUACAUGGAUGAGGUGCUGGGUCAAUUUUUGGAUUUGGAAAAGGGAAUCGGUUCCGUCAACCCUGAUUUUAGACUGUGGAUUACCACGGAAGUGCACCCGAGUUUUCCAAUAAGUUUACUACAGAUUUGUAUAAAGUUCACCAAUGAAGCUCCGUCAGGAAUUAAAGCCGGUCUCCUAAGAACAUACACAUCGAUGAACCAAGACCAUUUGGACUAUUCGGACUGCUGGCAGUACAUACCCCUGGUGUACGCCAUAUCUUUCCUGCACACCGUCGUCCAGGAACGCAGAAAAUUCGGACCUCUCGGGUGGAACAUACCGUACGAGUUUAAUUCCGCCGAUUGGCUGUCAAGCUGUUUGUUCCUGCAAAACCACCUGGACGACAUCGAUCCUAAGAGAGGGAUCAGCUGGCAAACGCUCAGAUACAUGCUCGGCGAAGUUCAUUACGGCGGCAGGGUGACCGACGACUUUGACAAACGGUUACUGAACACCUUCUGCACCGUUUGGUUCAGCGACAACAUAUUCAGCGAGAACUUUCUGUUCUACAAGGGAUACAAGAUCAUAACCUUCAAGCAAGUGACCGAUUACCUGUCCGUCAUCGAAACUUUCCCGGCCACGGAUCCGCCGCAGGCCUAUGGACUGCAUUCCAACGCAGACAUCACGUACCAAACGAAUACUACGAUAAUGAUGUUUGACCAGAUGCUGGCCAUUCAACCGAAGGAAUCUGGCGGUGGAGGCGGCGAGUCACGCGAGACCGUAGUAGGCCGACAAGCCAGCGAUAUGUUGUCGAAGUUGCCGAAAAAUUACGAUCCGUUUGAAGUGAAGGAGAGGUUAAGGCUUAUGAACCACCUGAACCCUUUAAAUAUAUUUCUGCGGCAGGAAAUUGACAGGAUGCAGAAAGUAAUAUUUUUAGUUCGAAGCACGUUGCAAGACCUUCUGCUGGCAAUAGAAGGAACCAUAAUUAUGAGCGAGGCUUUGGGGGACGCCUUGGACAACAUAUACGACGCCAAAGUACCGUUCAUUUGGCGUAGGGGCUCUUGGGACGCGAACACGCUCGGUUUCUGGUUCACGGAGCUGGUCGAACGGGACAACCAGUUCCGGAAUUGGUGCUUCAACGGGAGGCCACCCUCUUUCUGGAUGGCCGGCUUCUUCAACCCGCAAGGGUUCCUGACGGCCAUGAAGCAAGAAGUCGCCAGAGCCCAUAAAGGCUGGGCAUUGGAUCAGGUAUCUCUCUUUAACGAGGUGACCAAAAACGUCAGAGAGGAGAUCAAUAAAGGCCCGCCGGAGGGAGUAUUCGUAUAUGGUUUGUUCCUCGAUGGUGCUGGAUGGGACAAAAAACACGCACGUUUGGCGGAAUCUAUAAAUAAAGUCCUGUAUACUAUGAUACCGGUUGUUCAGAUUUAUGCUGUUUAUUCCACUGGUCCUCCUCCGGCUAACCUCUAUGUGUGUCCUGUUUACAAGAAAGCGAGAAGAACGGGUCUCAACUACAUCACCGUUCUUUACCUGCAAACGAUAAAACCACCGGAACACUGGACGCUACGCGGCGUUGCCUUACUCUGUGAUACACAGUGA